AUGGCAUUAUGGGAAUCCUUUUCGCUGCUUAUUGCUACUUUUAUCCAAACAGCAAUCUCUGUGCCUACGACCAACUUAGUACCGUCCAAAUGGGUUCAUCCCGGAGCAAUGGUAAGCCAAUCUCAACUGGACUUCGUCAAGAACAAAGUAAUACACGGCGAGCAACCGUGGAUGGAGGCGUACGAUGCCCUGCUCAAAGAUGAACAUGUCGCCAACCCACAGGAUCCGUCACCACACGUUAUUGUCGAAUGUGGCCCAACUUCGAACCCAGACGUUGGAUGUACUGCCGAACGCAAAGAUUCUUUAGCAGCGUACGCGAAUGCGCUGGCGUGGGCGAUUAACGGGACCACGGCGUACGCUCAACAGGCGAUUCACAUUAUGGACUCCUAUUCGUCCACUAUCAAAGGCCAUAAUAAUUCCAAUGCACCCUUGCAAUCGGGCUGGGUUGGCUCUGUGUGGGCGCGAACGGCUGAGAUUAUUCGACAUACGAAUGCUGGGUGGACAGAUGCUGGUAUCCGACAGUUUGAAGAUAUGCUACGCAAUGUCUACAUGCCGUUGACGGUCAAUGGAACGGACCACAAUGUGGCAAACUGGGAGCUAGUUAUGACGGAAGCGGCCAUUAUGAUGGCCGUAUUCCUCGAGGAUUCGGACGCGUACAACACCGCCAUGAAGUGGUUCUUGAAGCGAGUCCCUGCCACCGUGUACCUGACAAGCGAUGGAGAGUACCCAGUUGUAGCCCGAGGGCAGAGUUCCUCGUCGGUUGCAAUUAUUGCUUGGUGGUUCAAUCAAACCACAUUCAGGGAGAAUGGACAGGCUCAGGAAACCUGUAGGGAUCUCGAACACACCGGAUAUUCCUUAGCAUCCAUGGCGCAUGUUGCUGAGACCUCCCGCAUUCAAGGCACUGACCUCUACGAGACAGGUUUGGGAACGAGACUGCAGUAUGGACUAGAGUUCCAUUCGCAAUUUGCAGAUGGGACGGCCAUACCUUCCUGGCUAUGCGAAGGAGAGCUGAAGUUGGCAUUGGGACCCGUUACGGAAGUUGGACUCAAUGCACUGUCGUUCAGAAAGGGUAUCGAGAUGCCCAAGACCGAGAAAUUGACUGUGAAGCAGCGGCCUGCGAAGAAUAACGGGCUCUUUGUCGCAUAUGAAACCUUGACGCAUGCACAUAACGGUGCUUGA